AUCAGCUCAGGUAGUAUGAUAGUCAUCGCUAUAAAUACUGGCCACAUCUAUCAAUUACCUACACUUAUCAGAAAAAAUACCAAUAUGCGUAUCCUCGUCUUGGUUGCUCUGUGUAUGGCGACUGUUGCAGCACUUCCGACUAGUUCACAAAGAAUAGUUGGUGGGACAGUCACCUCCAUAGAAGAGUACCCGAAUAUGGUUGUACUUUUAGUCUUAUAUGAGUGGAGCGUGUUUGGACACAGGUGUGGCGGCAGCAUCCUCAACAACCGCUCCAUUCUAACCGCUGCUCACUGUGUGUAAUGACCAGUCAGUUAGUAUGUACCAAAUUCGGUUAGGCUCCACAUGGGCGCUUAGUGGUGGUGUGGUUUACAGAAUUAAUGGCAUCAUCAACCACCCACUAUACAUUCCAGGUACUAGAUAUCAUGACAUAGGUAUCUUGCGCUCUGCUUCCAAUAUAAACUUCAAUGAGUGUAUUCGCCCUGCUCCCAUCGCUGGUACUAAGUACGUUGUUCCCGAUAAUGACUAUCUCUGGGCUGCUGGAUGGGGAGCGCAAUAUUAUGGUGAUACUGCUGAACCUGAGGAGCUGCGUCACGUCAAAGUAAUGAAAAUAAACCUGGAAACUUGCAAGAAGCAAUUUGCAGUUAGCAAUAAGUAUACUAUCACUGACGAAAUGUUAUGCUCUGGUUGGCCCACUGGAGGUCGCGACCAGUGCCAGGGCGAUUCCGGCAGUCCUAUCUUCCACCAUGGAGUCGUCGUUGGCGUCUGUUCUUUCGGGAUUGAGUGUGGUCGCGCUGACUUCCCUGGCGUCAACAUGCGUGUUGCCAACUACACCGAUUGGAUAUUAGAUAACGCUUAAUAUAAUCAAAUUGAACGGUGAAUUAAAUAAAU